UUUGCAGCAGCAAAUUUGUUUCAAGAAGACAGCGCAAUUUCAAAACUCAAAAGCUUUUUCUUUGCCGUGCCGUUGUUCGCCAGAAAUUUAUGUAUUAUAAGGAAAUUUAUAUUGAUCGGAGAUUCUGUUAAUUCAUUUUAUCAUGAUAAACAUGUAAAUUUUUACUGAGAUUGUUACCACCAUGCAAGGAGGGUUACCCUAACUAAGCAGACUUUUCAAUGCCGUCCAAAGUCAACCACUAUACGCGCCUGGAUUCAUCUUCUAGAUAAAGCACUGCGUGCUCAAAUUGAAUUUUCAAAGCAGUUGACACAGCUUAAUUGUACAGCUAUAAAUAUUAAGGUCUGAGCUUUACAUGCACCACACAAUACUUUCUUUCAUCUGAAAUGGCAUCCUCUACAAGGAAAAGCCAGUUAGUCAUUGUCUUGCUAGGAAUUCUAAUUGCAGGAUCAGCUGUGCCGAGCCAUGUUGUAGCUCAAAAUUGUGGCUGUGCUGCAGACGAAUGUUGCAGCCGAUGGGGUUACUGUGGCACCGGCAAUGACUAUUGCGGCACCGGGUGUCAAGAGGGUCAGUGUUUCCCGGCAGCUCCCACCAACGAUGUUUCAGUGCCUGAUAUCGUGACCCCAGAGUUUUUCGGUGGGAUCCUUGAUCAAGCUGAUUCAAGCUGUGCUGGGAAGAACUUCUAUUCACGAGACGCGUUCCUUGAGGCUCUCAAUUCAUACUCUCGGUUUGGUAGGAUUGGUUCGGUUGACGAUUCCAGGCGUGAGAUCGCAGCUUUCUUCGCCCAUGUCACCCAUGAAACUGGACAUUUUUGCUACAUAGAAGAGAUCAAUGGACCAUCAAGGGACUACUGCGACGAGGGCAAUACGCAAUAUCCAUGCAAUCCUGAUAAAGGUUACUACGGCCGAGGACCAAUCCAACUAUCAUGGAAUUUCAAUUAUGGACCUGCCGGAGAAAGCAUCGGUUUUGAUGGAUUAAACUCUCCUGAAACUGUGGCCAAUGACCCUGUAAUUUCAUUCAAGACAGCUCUGUGGUAUUGGACUAACUCUGUCCAACCUGUAAUUAGCCAAGGGUUUGGGGCGACGAUUAGAGCCAUUAAUGGCGCCCUUGAAUGUGACGGAGCAAAUCCUGCUACUGUUCAAGCUCGUGUAGGGUAUUAUACCGAUUACUGUAAUCAACUGGGUGUGGCUCCUGGAGAUAACCUUACUUGUUAGGAGAAAAUCCCAGUUUUUUUUUUUUUUUUUUCAAAUAAUAAACAAUAAGAACAUGUAUAGAACAUAAGAAGCUACGCUUUUCUUGUUCCAUUUAUAAAAUAUCUAUUAAUCUUUUUUCAUGUGUAA